UCAGCAGUUGGAGGCGGGGAGUGGGGCGCCCGCCGCUGUUCUUAUUGGCCAGAACGAGCGCGGUGGGUGGGAGAAUAUGAGAGAAAAUACUCGCCCCCUCGAAACGUCGCUCAGGGGCCGGUUCUGAUUGGUGGAGGGGAGGUUUGGCGCCAGCUUCGGAGCGGGCGACGGGUAGCGGCUGGAGUCAAAGCAGUGCGCGCCGCGCUGACAGGAGGACGGCUCGGCUGGCUCGGCUCCAUGGAUCCCGCACCGGGCGGUUCCUACCGCCGCCGCCUCCUGCUCCUCUCCCCGGCCUCCUCCGCUUCACCCGCCGUGGUCAAGUCUCUCUUUCCUGACGACCUCUCGCCAGUCUCCAACCUCCGCCUUACCAUGGAGCAGCUGGGACGCGGCCAGCAUGAAAAAGCUGAGCAAGAUCUGGGAAACAAGAAUACCAAUAGUUUACAAAGAACUGUGUCAUUGGAAUCAACAGACUCAGGUUGUGCUUUGGAUUCACCUGAUCCUGCAGCCUCAAAUGAUAUCGUGGAAGAAACGUUUGAGAAAGCAAUUCUUGAAUCCAGCAGACUGAACAUUCGAAUGCCUUUCAGAAGAAUCCAUUCACUGCCACAAAGCCUCCUGGGAUCCAGUCCUGCUCUGAAGAGAAACCAUUCUGAUUCCCUGGAUGGCAAUGCUUUUCAACUGUUGGAAAAAGAUGAAAACAAGGAGAAUGAACCAUUUGAGUUUAAGAAGCCAACCAAACCAGCUUCUCGUUCUGUGCAUGUCCAUUCCCAUGGUGGAAAUGGUGUUCCUGGACCAAGGCAGAAUUCAUCUCCAGCUCAGAUAUUUCCCAUGGGUGAAACACCCAAGGGUGAACAGGAACACUACGGGCCAGUUUUCCUGCAGAAGUCUUCUCUGACUUCCUCUGAAAGUGAAGAUGAUGAUGGAUUCCUGGAGCUGUUAGAUGACCAAGAUUUGAAGAAUGAUGAGGAGAUGCCAUCUGAUGUGGCAAGCCUCUGGACUGCACCACUAGUCAUGAGGAGAACAGACAAUCGGGCCAAACGAUGUCGGCUGUUUGGCUCUUCAUCUCUGCCUAGUGAUGUAGGAAGAACCACCCAGAAAAGGAUGGAAAGAUCCCAGGAAGAGAAUUCUCCAGGGAAAAGCAAGAAGAGGAAAAGCCUGACUGGAACACCCUCUGAGGACUCAACGAAUCUGAAAAUGGUGAAGACACAAUCCUCCACAGCAGAGAUCGAAAACAUUUUGGACACUGACCAGACAGACCUUAUUGGUGACUUCUCAAAGGGUUAUUUAUUCCACACUGUCGAUGGGAAACAUCAAGAUUUAAAAUAUAUUGACUCAGAAAUGAUUGUGUCUGUGCUGACUGGGAAGUUUGCAAACUUCAUCAAGGAAUGUGUGAUAAUAGAUUGUAGAUACCCAUAUGAAUAUGAAGGAGGACACAUCAAGGGUGCUGUAAACUUACAUAUGGAAGAGGAGGUGGAAGACUAUUUGCUUAAGAAGCCAAUCAAGCCAUCAGAUAACAAACGAGUGAUAAUAGUGUUCCACUGCGAGUUUUCUUCGGAGCGGGGUCCUCGGAUGUGCCGGUUUGUGAGAGAGCGGGACAGGCUGGGUAACGAAUACCCCAACCUCCACUACCCAGAACUGUACAUCCUGAAAGGAGGUUACAGGGACUUCUUCUUAAGAUGCCGUAGUUUCUGUGAGCCCCAGAGCUAUCGCCCCAUGCACCAUGAGGACUUUAAAGAAGACUUGAAAAGGUUCCGCACCAAAAGCCGAACCUGGGCUGGCGAGAAGAGCAAAAGGGAACUGUACAGUCGCCUGAAGAAGCUCUAAGGGCUGAACUGAACUCAGAGCAAAGACUGCCCGUCCUGGGGGGGAGGCUGCAGCAGGAGGGAGAUGAGUCUGUUCCUGGCUUGCAGUGAUCGGGCACCAGCUCCCUCCUCAUCUGUCAUCUCACUGGGAACACCCUGGAACUUGGGGCUGCAGGCUUGAACCCAGCAACCUGGAUGCUGUCUGGGAGCCGAUUCUGCUGAAUAUUCUGGUUACGCUCCUUUGUGGAAAUGGCUUCUCGUGUUCUGCAACACCCACAAACUGCAACAUCCAGCAGUCUGCCCAGGGAGGGGUGGGGAGGCUGCUGGUGCCAUGCCCGUGGGGCUCUGCUGGGACGUGCUGUAAGCAGGGAAGGUAUUUUAGUGCCUGUUGGGAUUCUUUUUUUUUUUUUUAAAUGCUUUAUUUUUAUUUAAAUACAGUCAAAUGAAGCUAAUGCUGCUGCAGUCGAAUCAUCUGGAUUGUACUUAAACUUUGUUUCUGCUAAAGGGCAGCCUGCUGUUGGGGGGGUGUUAAUUAUUUUUCUCGGCUGCAGUUUUGAUUCUGUGGUUUUGCAGCGUAAUGCGUCGUGGUGAAGAAAAAAUGGGAAAUGGUUCAUUACAGGUAGAGGUUCCCAGGUCACUGAACUCCUGUGUUCUGCUCUGGAAGCCUCUUAAAGACAGUCUAAGGGGAAGUUGCUUAUUGUACUUAAAUAUGUUCACCUCCCUUUCUUAGAUUGCUUUAUUUCAUAGUAAUUUGAAUUUAGCUGCUGUUUUAGUUCUGUUGCUGGUGUUUCAAAGUAGGAAGGACUUCUGGGAGCUGAGGUGUCUCAGGUGAUCCCAGGAGGGCCAGGUCCCAAAGCUGUUCCCAGGAUUCCCAGCAGCACCAAUUUACUGUGGCUGUGUAUUGUUAUCAUGAACCGUGUCCAGAAAAGAGCUCAGCUGUGAGGAACCACGCUAAUGAUCCUGCACUGGAGGCUGCUCUGAAACCACUCUGCUUUGACUUCAGCUGCUUCUCCAGUAGCUGAAGCACCUUCUGCCGGGAAAGGCAGGAAACAGAAUCAAUUCCUGAAGGAAGAGUGUGUCGUACCCUAUAGCUGAGUCCUACAAACUGCCCACCUAAAGAAGAGCCUUUGCUUCUGUGGCACGAUAGUGCCUGAACAGCUUUGCUGCUGCUUUUGGUGUUGAAGAAGUGGUUUCAGGGUAAAGCCAGCUGCCUGCUGCAGCAACGCUGUGAUGAUUACUGUAGCUCAUCUUCCUCACACAUGAACUUCCUGGUGGAAGUGUUGCUCCUGAGGCCUAGGAGCACACAGCCCAGGAGCAGCCAUGCAUCCUGGAAGCUCUUGGCUCUUUAGCAGAAAUCCAUGCUUUGCACGGCUUGGCUUGCUCCUCACGAGUUAGUCCUGUGUGUUGCUGUACCUGUUUCAAAAAAUACUGAAAUGGAGGUGACUUAUGUGGAAUUUUAGCUUGAUUUUUUUUAAUUUUGUUUUUUUUUUUUUUUUUUUUUUUUUCCUGAACCUGCUCUUAACCUUCGUAAGAACUGACCGGAUGAACCGUGAACUUUCUCAUUUAAAAAAAAAUAAAUUGGAUUUUGCUGCCUUCCUUCAAAACUGAUUACCUGGAAGGGGGAGAUGAUGCAAUGGAGAAUUAUAAUGGUGGUUGCCACAUCUCACCUGGAAUGUCUGAACCUCUGGAGGAAGCUGGGAGGUGCCAGAGGCAUGUGUGUUGGGGGAGGCUGGCUCCUGGUGCCAUGGCAGCACUGUGAUGCACCCAAAUUGUGCCAAGCCUGAGUGGUAAAUAAUCAGUUUAGCAAACUGAUGUCUGGGCAUGAUGUCUGGGUGCGACUUUAUAUGUGAGUAGUUGCUCCCUGUGAAAGUUUAAUGCACCAGUUGUUUGGGAAAAGCAGAGGGAGGCUUGAUGCUCUUCUCUGAGGUCACUCAGGUGGAGCAAAACCCUUUCAACAAUCUGUGACUUUACAGUUGCACUUCCUGUGAAUGCCCCUGAAUCAGUUUGUCUUCCCAAACUUACUGAUAUUUAGGAAAUUGACGGUGGAAGAGAAACCCUCAGAAGUACUGAGGGCCAAGAGCCACAGCUGAUCUUUGAGGGCUCAGCCAUGCCUCUUACCCCUGUGGAGAUGGACACAAGACCCCUCUUUCUACACCCCACUAGUUCUGUGUGUGCUGUUUUAUUAAGAGUCUGGGUGGUGGGGAAGGAGAAGGCUGUGAGAUGCUUCCAGCCAGGAUCUGUACCAU